CUUCUGCAAACUGAGAAUGAGCUCUGAUGCUGGAAAGCAAGAAAAAGGCAUUAUUACAAGCGAGGGAGCUGUGAUUGGCGUUAAGAACAAAGUAAGGGACGGCCUCGCUGCUUUUGAAGGCAAAGAAGCAACGCAAUGGAUACAGAUGGAGGAAAGCAAGAUAAUAGUAUACACUACUAGUUUCAGCGGAGUGAGGAGGGCACACGAAGACUGCAAGUACAUUCUUGGCAUAUUUCACAACCACAGAGUCAAAGUUGAAGAGAGAGAUGUUUAUGCCAGCCAGAGCUAUCACCGUGAAUUAGAGGAAAGGCUUAAAGGGGCUGACUUUACUUUGCCUCAAGUAUUCAUUAAUGGACAACAUAUAGGGGAUAAGGAGAUGGUCGAUGAACUAAAUGAAAUAGGAGAACUAAAGAAAAUGCUUCAAGAGUUCCCAAAAAUUAAUACUUCCAUAACAUGUCAAAUGUGUGGUGGUUAUGACUUAAUUCCCUGCAUUAAAUGUGGAGGGAGUAAGAACAGUGUCUUUAAUAAUUUCACUUCAGAGUUCCGUGCACUUAAAUGCACAGCAUGUGAUGAGAAUGGCCUACAGCCUUGCCCUCAUUGCAAGAGCUAGUGACAUCAUCAAUUUAUACUCUAAUUUGCAUCAAUGAAUUUCACACACUCAAUUUAAUGCAUGCAGAAAUUAGUGUAGAUUUAUAGUAAAACAUUAGAACACGAACACAUCAUCCUUUACCAUUCUGUUUACCAAAAUCCAUCCUUUGGAUUUUGGCACAUGAUCUACAAAUGAAUGACUGACUUGCCUAAAUUUAUAAUUUUUAUUAUUUUUUCAAAAUUUAUUCUUACAAAAAUGACAACUACAUGUACUAUUUGUUUGUAGUUUGAACA